AUGGCCCAGCGCGUCCGGAGCGAGAAAGGGCGCAAGCGCGCGGGGCGGCCGCGGCACAAGGCGGUCGUGCGCCGCCUGCCGCCGCACCUGCCGGAAGAUGUAUUUUGGGAGAGCGUCGCGCCGUGGGUGCGUGGCGCGGGAAACGCGCGCGAGGCGAGCGACGACGCGCCCGCGACGGUCGACUAUGCGGUGUAUGUGCCCGGCACCAAGAGCGGCGAGCAUGCCUCCUGGUCUACGGCAUAUAUGCGCUUCCUAAACACCCCUGCACUGCUCACAUUCUAUAAGGAAUUCGAAGGACACAUGUACAAAGACAAGAAGGGCGCCGAGUACGUCGCGGCCGUAGAGUACGCCCCGAUCCAGCUCGCGCCGAGCGGGCGCAAGGGGCCCGCGGAUACCCAGUCUGGCACGAUCGAGAAGAUGCCGGAGUACAAGGCGUUUGUCGCAUCGCUCGAGCAGGCGCCGGCCGCGGCCGAGCCCGAGGCGGAGGUCGUGCAGGACACCACGCCGCUGCUCGACUACUUGCAAAAGAAGCAGGCGGAUGAUGCGGCGCGUGCGCGCAAGCAGCGCGAGGCGGCCAAGGCGAAAAAGAAGGGCAAGCCCGAGAUGGACAAGGUCGUCAUUUUGAAGCCCGUGCGCAAGGACGACGAGCCGCCGGCGCAGGGGCCGCCCCCGCCCGCUUCCCAGCCCCCGCCCGCUCCCAAGGCCCCCGCAAAAUCCAAAGCCAAGGGAAGCAAGGACAAGGACCCGAAACCCAGAGACCCGAAACCCAAGGACCCGAAACUCCGGGACCCCAAAAAGGGCCCCAAACCUAAAGACCCGCCCAUGCCCCCCAAGCCCAAGCCCGAGGACGGGGCGAAUCCCCAGGCGAAGCCGACCCACCCCGGGGUGAUUGCCAUCCCCGAGGCACAUAACCCCUCGCCCACGCCCGGGCGCGGCGCCCCCGCGGCCGCCGCGGCCGCGGACGUGGGCGAGGGCGGGGACGUAGCCACGUGGCUCUCCCCAUGCCACGAUCCUCCGUGGGCCCCUGGGAUGGAGGGCGUGCACGCAGCCAAUGUAGACCAGAUGGACGCCCUGCAGGUCGAGGCGAUGCUCUUUGGCGUUGCUGAGCCGCAGGGCGCGGAAAUACCCACACGAUUCUGCCGGAUCUGCCUCGAAGGCGAGGUUGACGCGUGCGAUCGGCUCCUGAGCCCCUGCCGCUGCAAAGGCACGGUGCAGUACGUGCACGCCUCGUGCCUUGACCGCUGGCGCGUCUUUUCGACGCGGAUGCACUCUGCAGUGCGCUGCGACCAGUGCGCGACCGAGUACCGCUUCAAGCCGACGGUGUGGAUGCGGGUGCUCACCUCGCGCGCGCUCCUCUUUGUGGCCAGCGUCGUGCUCUUUUUGGUGGCGGUGUGGCUCACUGGGCUGCUCGGCGGCCAGAUGAUGGGGCGGUACCAGCCCGAGCUCUUCCAGGAGACGCACCCGUAUGUCGUGCAGACGGCGAGCUACCAGCCGACGCCGGAGCACGUUCCCCAUCGCCUGCGCAUGCUUGCGAGCGAGCAGCGCAUGUCGUACGAGUCGGCGAGCAGCCUCUCGAGCUUUUGGGAGUACAUGCUGGGCCCCGCGGACGACGACAAUUGGACCGACGACGACCUCGCCGAGGCGGAGACGAACGCACACAUGUACUCGCUCGGCAUCUUUCAGCCGUCGGUCCUCGUGCAGCUCGUGCAGGGCAUGCUGCAGCGCAUGCUCGAGUUGGCCACGGGAUGCAUCCCGUUCCGCGACGCGCCGCACCUAUUUGUCCUGCGCCACACUUCGACGACGCACGUCGGCCUCGGCGAGGGCGCGUUUGCGCCGCCGGUGCGCUUCGCCUUGACGCACAGCGAGCGGCUCUUGUGGCACGUCUCGCUCGGGCUCGCGCUGCUCGGCAUCACGUCGGUAUUCAACGUGCUGCUCGCCGCGUCGAUCGUCGGGCCGUUCCGGCUCGGGGCGCCGUUCUCGGUCGUGGGGUACUCGGUGCACCCCGCGGCGAGUGGCGCACUGGCCCAUGCGCGCAUCGUGUGGGAAAGCGUCAAUAUCCCGGGAAUGCUUCUGCUCGUCGCGGUGCUGUGGGGCAUCGUUCGCACCUAUCUCCUGUUUUACCGGAGCGUGCACAUGAGUGCGCGCCUCUUUCUCGCUCACAUGCCGAUGAGCAUCAUUGAUUACGACGACCGACAGCCGGCCCUCGGGCUUACACACCUGCCCGAGGCCGAAGCAGACGAGCUGCAGGCCGCGCCGCUGCACGCUGCUGCCUACGGCGUGGUAUGGGGUACGCGGCUUGCGCGGGCAGCCGCAGGGCCGGCUUUUGGUAUGAACAACCCAUUCUCGGCAUGGGUCUUGGCACGCGUUGGUAUGUAG